ACUUAACUCUCAACCUUACACCUUAGCACACGUUUUGGCAGACACUUCCUCUUAGAAAAGGAACUCAAAUUUAAGUUCAGCAGCCAUGCUCAGAGAAUUGGCCAAGAAAAUAGUGCUGAUGCCCGGCAUGUUGGCGCUCGAGGCUUCGAGCCGCAUUGUUCACUUUAGCGCCUUGCUGGCGAAGGAGUGCCAGCACCAGAAGCCGUGUCCCGAGAGCUUGGUGCCCCAAUGCAGGGUGUUCAAAAGGCGACCCUGCAGUCCCACAGACCCGCCAGUUCGUCCCUGCAGCGAGGAGGACUGUACGCACCCCCGGUAUCCAUGCUGCAUAAAUACCCGGAUCGCCGAUAAUCCUUGCCGGGAGCCGAAGAAAAAGGCCCGUCACGUCUCCAUGUGGGAGAGCUUCAAGGACAAGGAGUUGGAGCGCCCGGAGACCAUGUGGCACUAUCCCAAAGAGUGCUGUCCGAAGUGCGAGGACGUCCGCUUCGACGUGCUGUACUACAAGCCGUCGGACAAGUGCCGGGAGUAUCAGCGCACCUGGUGGGAGUGCUGUCCCAGGAUGGUCCCAAAGAGGGUGUGCUGCUGGUGCGACGCCAUUCCUCCCCAGGUCCUGCGCCGGGACCUACCCAUCUGCCCACGAUCCGCCUGCCUCGCGGAGCACGAGGAGAAGCGCUUCAAGUGCCUGAACAAGAAGUCCAAGGGCUGCACGCGGGUUCGCAUGCCCUGCUGCAGAACCGCCCGAAUACCGCCAGACUGCAGGGGUGGCCCCGCCCCCACCGAGUGCGAGAAGGUCAAGUGCCCGUUCCCGAGCUACUCCGAGUGCGUCCAGGAGGACCCGGCCAACAUCCCAGCACGUCCGCCCGAGUGUGAGUGUCUGACAAAGCCGUCCAUUUGCGAUCAGAUCCGACGGGCCCACCACUUGGCCAAGCACAACAUCAGCAUCUACCCCAGCUGUUAUCGCGGCUCAUGAGAA